AUGGAUAAAACCUACAAAGACUUUGUUCGUGCUCAAAUGCGGCUGAAUCCCUGUCUGUAUGGUCUCGCAGAGUUCAUGACGAAAGAUCGGCCAAAGCUUCAGCCUGAUGGAAUAUUUUCCUGCCUUGAAUACUUGAAAAACAAUACUAGGAGACUCUGGACGCGAGUGACGCCCCAUGACUUCGUCUCCACCAUCAGAACCGCUCACCAGAGCCCCGAUGAAGUUCUUGGCCGAGUGCUAUUUGUACAAGACCCCGGACCAGAGACGAUUGACUGCCUCGGAUCUGCCUUCGAUAUCGACCCGCUGUUCUUCGCCACAUACAUCGACACAUCGUUCGCAGAUCUAGAAUUGCGUCCAGCACCGCCUUCUAUUGCGAUUGUACCGUCCAGAUUCUCUGCCAAAGACGCGGUGCACCUUCAUUAUCAGCGGAUUUUGAAUCUUGGUGAUUGCGCGCGAAUAUCUGAAGAGAAGCUUAAACUGGACAGCAAUGUCGCACGAUCUGUCAAACGGAUCCCUCUUCUUGGCGGUGCUAAUCUCGCAUUCGUGCGCAGCUGCUGUUCGGUCCUGAAGAAGCCAGUUAACGGAAGGCAAUGGCUUUGUUUAGUGCUCUUGGAUUCAACUACGGCGGAUAUAAUUCAAUUUGAUGGCUCCACGAAAGAGACUCGCAGAUACGCCCAAAUUCCAUUUCAAGGCGGAUUUGAGGACAUCAUGGAUCCUAUCUCCUUUUCGCAAUUCAUAUCCACGGGUGCAAGCAUAGUGUGGAGACCACGAUCUCUCACUCAAGCGGUCAUCCGAUAUUUUGCCAAAGAUAUGCCCGGUUUCGACCCUACAGAUCCGUCCAUGCUCAGUUUAUCAUAUUACCCGAUCAAAGUCACCAUUUCGGAAUGGAUGAUAUACACUUUACUGCUUAGCCGCUACGUCAAACACUACGAGUACCGACUCUACCGCUUGGAUGUACAGCUCCGACCUGACGAUCUCCAUGAACUUCAGCCCUGGCGCCGACGGAGCAAACAGAGUUUACACAAACUACGGCUCAUGCAAUCUUUCGUUGAGCAUCAUAUUUCCACAGAGUUAGAAAAGGGUCCAUGGACUGACGUGCUCCACGACAUCCAGCAUCUCUCUUCCCAAGUGGCCCAAUGGGCUUCGUUUCUGGAGUCGUUGAGUUCUGUGGCAACAACCAUGAUUCAAUUAACGGACACGCGUCGCUCAGUCCAAGAAGCCGAUAAUGUGAAGCGAUUGACGGCUAUCGCAUUGAUCUUUGUUCCGCUCGGUUUUGUUGCCAGUCUCUUUAGCAUGUCUGAAACGGUCGCGCCGUGGAGCGAUCGCUUCUGGCUCUAUUUUGCUGUGGCUGUACCUUUGCUCUUGGUCGUUCUCGUAUUUUCAGUCUACCCACUGGGAAGGGUGCAACGAUAA